CUCCAAAUAUAAUUUUCAAUCGUAGGCGCCGUGCAUGUCGCAUUAUCACGAUUUUCUGCAGAUGCCGCGGGGGAAAGGUGCCUGCUGCACCCUCUAUGAGAAUGCCACAAAAGCGAUUGUCGCCGACGAAACAUGGCGUAUGUUUUGUUUGUGUGUGCAAGGAUGGUUACGCGCGGAGUGUUUAGCAGCGGCUGUAAAGUUUGAGUUACCCUCGCGAAAAAGCAGUGAUCGCAUGAAUCCAGCGCGAAACGUGUGUGCAUGACGUGAUGAACGCGACAAGCCUGUACGUGUCGACGUGUCGACUGGUGCUGCAGGCGGAUGCCGAGGACCCCAACUCCUGGACGGACCUUUACAGGCUGGUUCCGUACCUGCGGCAGAGUCUCAGUUGUACCGUGUGCUCGAAUCUACUGAUCGAGCCGCACACGCCGACCGAGACCAACUGUCAGCAUCACGUGUGCCGUGGUUGCCGUGGAGGUCGCAAAAAGUUAAAACCGUCGUGCGGUUGGUGCAAGGACUAUGACAAGUAUGUGGAGAACGUGCAGUUGCGGAUACUGUUGCAGUGUUACAAGAAGCUAUGCGAGUAUUUAACCAGCACCGGCAUCUAUCGCACUCUGCUGCUGUCUGUCACAUCUGUCAACAGUGCUACCACCAAUGGAGCACCGUCCACUAUUGGUGCUACCAGUCUCAUGGAGCUUAUUCAGGAAGGUGCGGGUUUCAAAGAUGAGUUUAAGAGCAACGCUGGUCUCUCCAAGUCCGCUUACAGCAUUCUACCUUGUGUUUACACCAGCACUACCUCUACCCAGACCCAGGGUAACAGCGUUCAGACUACUGAGGCAAUAUCGCAGAACAUACCUGAACCUCCAACGAUUCGUACAGUGUCAAAUGGAUCGUCCAUAUAUUCUGUGAUGUAUGCUGGGUCUGGUAACAAAAUUACAAUAAAACGCAAAGCGGCAGCUACGGAAGAUACAGAAACGGGGCAACAGGAGACAGAUGGAAGUCAGCACAGCUCUGUAGGAGGGGUAAAAUGCAUUCCGUCUUCCCACCUUAAAUAUGGGACCCCUUCUGAGAAAAAAUCUUCAAAGGGCAGCAAACAGUCCUCAGGCAAUUUUAAAAAGCCAAGGUCAAGUUCGGCCAGAAGUAAAAGAAAAGGAUGCAGAUGUGGCAAUGCCACUGCAAUACCUGGGAAACUUACUUGUUGCGGUCAAAGGUGUCCUUGUUAUGUCGAAAGUAAACCUUGCGUAGAAUGUAGAUGUAGAGGUUGCAGAAAUCCUCAUACAGCAGAUGGAUUGAAGAUCCGUCCACAUAUACCUGAACUUCAUAAUUUACAACUACAGCUAUCCACUUCUCUGGAUUGUGACACAUUAAGUGGAGAUCCUCUGGGAUCAGUACCGCAGUGUCUUUCGACGUCUCCUACAACAAUACAAGUCUUAAAUGUGUAUUCUACCCCAAGACUAGACAUCGAUAAUGUACCGCCAAAUUUACCUGCUGCCUUGUUAGUGGGAGAAGAUGCUAUAGUUAGUACUGAAAGUGAAGCGGAAGACAGUGAUAUACAAAUCGAUGUGUGACAAAGUAUUUAAAUGAACGUCACUGAGAUGGACCUAUCGGAAAUAGGGUAUGGCGUGUACUUGUUUAAGCGAGAAAAGACGCGUUAUGUAAAUAGCUUGACCAGAACCAGUAUGUAUCAUCCAUAUACAAUCAUAAGAAUCAAAAAUCUGUAACAAAUUUACAAUGAAUUAAUUUAGAGAAAUUAUCUUGUGCGCGAGAAAAAACGGUAUAUAUAUAUGAUUUAUAUUAUCACAUGAUUAUCUGUCAAAUAUUUUUCAUUACAUAAGAAAAAUGUGAGAAUUUGAUUAGAUGCUUAUGAGUCAAUUUUAUUGAUGAAUUUUAAAUAAUUUCUAUUUUGAUUUAAUAUUUGUUAUUUUGUUGCAUAUAAUGUGCAUUAUAUAUUUAUAGUACUUUUAAAGUUAUAUAAAGUAUCAAUGUCCGCUGAAUAUUGUCUAGUUAAUUGUAUAGUAUAAGUGACAAGUUUGAUGGAGUGUAAAAAUAUUUGUGAUGUGCCGAAUGAUUGCAUAUUUGGACUUCCAAUAAUUUCUUACUACGAGGUAAACAUGUGUUCGGUUCAUAUGCUAUAACUUAUGAACAUUAAAAUGCUUAUAUUAAAAUGCCAAUCAUAUAAAUUUCUUGUGAAUCAAAUCAGGCAAUGCAAAUUGAAUUUAAAUGUACGAAAUUGAUGAUUUUAACAUUUACACUUCAAAGGAUAUCGUUAACUUGCUAGUUAUACAUACAAUACCAAGAAAAUCGUUAUCUAUUUUCCAUACUGAUUUUUAUUAUCUUUAAGUAUAGAACACAGAGCGUAAAGCGGAAAUCUGUUAAUUUUCCUAUAGUUUAAGAUCGCGAUAAUAACAAAUACUCUUCAGUUACGAAUGUAUAUUAACAAAGAAUAGCCUAAAUAACAAACGAGAGAUGAAGAAGUCUAUACGUAAUUCAAAUUGUACAAAUUGUUUACGAUACAUUAGAAAGAUUAAGAUCUUCCUAAUUAAAAUCUAUUAUUUUUUAAAUCUUCUUAAGAUAGAGAUCUUCAAGAAGAUUUAAAAUAUAUUUAGAUAAAUGUGUAAAGUUUUAAUUUAUCUAAAAUUUUAUUUGAAAGAUUCGCAUCUAAGUAGCAUUAUUAUCAGAGUCGGAUUUACCAAUCAGUAAAUACGUGUACGCAUAUACAUAAGCCAAGUGAUUAUUUCAUUGAUUUCAAAAUUUAUUUAUUAAAUUUUGUUUUAUUAUAUUUAUAUACAAACUUAUAUUUGUUACAUGAUAUGUAGAGAUUUAAUAAAAAUUAUAAUUAUAUACAAAUAUAAUAAUCGUUUACUUUUUUGAGGAACAAUAUUAUGUGCAUUUAGGUGGUAUAUAAAUCCGACUUUGAUUAUUGUACAUACAACUUAUUUUUGUGUAUAAACGGUAUUUCUUACGUCGAAGCUUGUAAACUAUAUUUUUUAGAAAUGAUUCUAUUAAACUUUGUAAUAUAGACGAUAUCGGACAAAUGAUAGAAUAUUAUUCUUUUCGAGAAUAUAAUGGAAAUGUGUUAAUCAUUUAUUAUAAACCGUAUGAAACAAUUAGUACAAAACUACUAAGUGUAUGUAGAAUAUUUUUUAUUUUUGCGUGUGAUUGCUCUUCUAUAGAGUAUCUAUGAAUUCAUCUAUUGUUAUUCAUAACUGUGCUUGGAUACGAAUAACAUAUGCUAAUUUUUCACACAUUAGUCAACAGUAGAAUAUCAUAUUUCACAAUACAUAAAAAUGAUCUCAUAGCUGUCUGGUGGUAGUCUGCGAUAAAAAAAACUUUAUCUAUCGUGAAAAAAAAUACUGAUAAAGUAAAUGCACAUACAUGUAGGCUAAUUCCUCUUUAUAUAAGAAGUAAGGAAACUGAUACUGCACAAUUGACACGGUACGCGUUAUUACGUAAAAAUAAGGCAAUAUACAAUAAAGCUCAACAUAAGAUAAAAUUAAUCAGAAAACGUAUCAUAUUU